AUGAUUGAGCGACUUAUUAAGAUAAAGGAUGCUAUCAUAUUAUAUACAUCGCAACACCCAAAUUUGCCGCAACUUGUACCAAGUGAUUGGGUAAAACUUGAAACCUGUACGAGGAUUCUGAAACCCUUUGAAGAGCAAAACUUUAUCAACUAUAACAUAUUUUGGAACAGGAAGACUAGCCCAAAUUACAAAGAACAAAGAGGUAACUAUAAUUCAGGCAAUGACAAAGGCUGAGGAUAAGGUGAAGAAUAUCUUUGUAUGUAUCCAUUGUUGUUACUUCCAUAUAUAACAUAUCUUUUGGAAAUUUUUACACGAUGCUGG